AUGUUGGUUACAGAUGACCAAACACCUACAAAACGUCAACGUCCUCGGGAUAUGUCCUUGGCUGAACCUCCACACACUAUGGAAAUUGCGCAAAUUCUCAUAUCGCUGCUACAUGCAUGGGGACUAGACCCAGACCUAGAUAGGGUCUGUGAGUCUAAGCUGGGAUUGCUUAGACCUAUGGUUCCAGUAUGUUUCGGAGUAGUAUCACGCCAUGGUCACAUGGCAGUACAGUUGCCUACCCGGCUGGGUGGUUGGGCCGAGGCCUGUGCUUCUGCACCUGAUGAUCCACUGCUGUUAACAUCUGAUCUUCCCGCUGAGUUGCUCCGACAGGAGAAAUUAACUAGAUUAUUCUCGUCCAAGCUGCACUGGGAACUCAGCACCACUCUUACAACCAACCACCUUCUGUCCAUCGUGGCUCUCGCAAACACUCUGAUGUCGAUGAGCAACGCGAGCUUUGUGCCGGAACAGGAAGUAGCGAGGAGGUUACACAGACCAACAACCCGCACCUCUUCGUGGGCGGGAGACGAGGAAAGAGAGGAACAGUUGGCGGCGCAGCAAGCGCACAUCAAGCAAGGCUGGUCCUUGCUAGCAACUUUGCACUGUGUGUUGCUGCCUGAUAAAGUUGUAGCGGCUGGUGCGAAAAGCUUCAAGCGUCCUCAAGUGGAGAUGUUGGCGCGUAGAUGGCAACACCACUGUCUCGAAGUGAGGGAUGCUGCACAAGCGCUGCUCUUAGCUGAACUCGGGAGAUUGGGUCCAAAAGGUCGCAAGUCUCUAGUUGACAACUGGGCUCAGUUCCUGCCGCUGUACACUCAAACGGAGAGUAUCAACCCUCACGCCGUCCAGAAGGAGCCCAUUGAGAAGAUUGCUAGAGAUCAAGAAGAAGAAUUUGAAGAAGACGAAGAAGAAGUAGUUCGUAAACCUUCUUCUCUAGCAGAAUUGAAGAGGAAGCAGACCACCGCUGUAGUACUUUUGGGUGUUAUCGGAGCUGAAUUUGGACAAGAUAUUGCUAGUGAAGGUGCGGCCGGUAAUAAGAGACGCAAAGAUGGCGACAGCAGAAAAAGUUCCAUCGUUGAAGGCUUCACACUGAGCGCGUCGAACAAUCUGGCCCGUCUCACAGCGCUAGCGUUAACCCAUCUCCUGCUAGCGCCGGGGAGUCCCCGACUGCCAUCACAUACUCCCUUGCGACGUGCGGCAGUCGACUUACUGGGUCGCGGGUUCGCUGUCUGGGAACCCUAUCUGGACGUCAGCCAUGUUUUGUUGGGUUUACUAGAGAUGUGCUCGGAUGCGGACAAACUGGUGCCGUCGAUGACUUACGGCCUUCCGCUCACGCCGCAGGCCGACUCUUGUCGCACCGCGCGUCACGCUCUCACACUUAUUGCUACGGCCAGGCCAGCAGCGUUCAUAACAACGAUGGCGCGCGAGGUGGCUCGAUGCGCGGGGGCUCCCGCCGGGGCUCCGCCCCCGCCCGCCGCUCUCGCGCUGCAGCGUGGCCGCGCUGAGGUGCUCCGCGGCAUAGAGCUACUCAUCGAGAGGAUGCAUGGUGAAGUGGCUGAGCUGCUGGUCGAGGUCAUGGACAUCAUCCUGCACUGUGUGGACCAGUCGCAUCUGAAGAGCAAAGGUCUGAAUGAAGUGUUCCCAGCGAUAUGUCGAUACAACCAAGUCUCUCACUGUCCAGCCACUAGGAGGAUUGCAGUGGGCAGUCACACUGGCCAGCUGGCCAUAUACGAGUUGCGCGCGGGACGCUGUCAGUCACUCGCAGCCCAUUCUGGUCCAGUCACGGCCUGCGCCUUUAGUCCCGAUGGCAGAUAUCUUGUGUCGUAUGCCACUUCUGAUAACAGACUGUCCUUCUGGCAAAGUACUGCAGGCAUGUUUGGACUGGGUGCGGCCCAAACUCGUUGCGUCAAAUGCUAUAGCACGGCCCCGAUGGCGGACGUGGCUAGAUUGAACCCAGCUCGUUUGGCCCGUCUUGUAUGGACCAACUCGCGUACCGUCACCCUGAUGUUAGCUGAUGGAUCAGAAACUAGAUUCAAUGUU